AUGCAUAAGCUAGACCCAGAGACGGCUUUUCUCUACUGGAUACCUACAAUAUCUAUUUUCCUUAUAAUGACGAUUUUUCUUGGUGCCUCUUUUUGGCGAUAUCGUAGGAAGAAAGAAAGAAGCCGACAAUCUCAGCGCGACUAUUUGGAUUUAGCUUUCAGCAUAAAGCGUCCCAGAAUUGGGGCACUUAGUUGUCACACCCAUGGAAACCAAUGGACAGAACUUAUGCAGAGUUUCUCGACCAGUCAAAUAAAGAGCAUAAUGAGAGAGUUCCAGAUGGAUCAGCCUCAUCAAUUUGAGACCGUUGCGGAGGAAAGUAAAAGUCAUUCAUUAGGAUCAGAAACAGAUCCAUACCGAUCACCAGCUGAAUAUGAUCAAGUGCUACCAGAACCGGUAAUAAAUAGGGGAGGUACAAGACAAGGCAAAUCUACUUUUAAGGAUGCUAAGCCUGCUCAGUACCAGUCAAUAAAUGUAUCAAGUUUACAGUUUAAAGAUUGUGAACAAACUGUUAAAGAUAAAGUUGAAAUUGGAAAUUUAUAUUACGAAGAUAACUAUUCAGUUCCUUUUGACAAAAAGAAAAAAAUCGAAAAGAAACUCAAGAAGAACAAAAGAAAAAGAAGGUUUCUUAGCUUUGCGACGAGGAGAGAUGAAAAUGACGAUGACAUUCUAGAUGAACUUCAAAUUGCAAGUAACAAAUUCAGAACACCUGCGUCUUUGAGCCCAGUUUGCUGUGAUACAAAACAAUUAACAAAAAACUCUCCAUUUACGGUGGAAAUCGCCAGCAUUUCAGAAGAUACACCAGAGAAAGAGAUCGACUUUUCUCAAGGAGCCUAUCCAAGUUACCCCAUCGGAACUCUGGACAGCGAACAGCCCAGUAAUAAACAUUACAACGAUAUUAGAAAAUCACACGAGAAACGUGAUACUUAUGAUUUUCAACCCAAGAAAGUAAAGACAACUGAAUUAGAAGAUCGCCAGAACGAUUCCACAGAGAAGUCCACAGAGAGAUUGGUUUGGGUGACCGCAGAUGACGUUUCUCAGACUCCUGUGUAGCAUUGUCUCAGAUCCUAUCAUCCAAACCAUGGUUAAGCUCGCCAGAUCCUAUCAUCCAAACCCAUGACCCAUGAGGCGAGAAGAUCCAAUGGACCCUUCCACAACUUCACAACAAGCAAAAGAUAAUAUUGUCUUUAGAUACAUCUCAGCUAGCGAGAAAACCUUUAAGUCCCCAACCAAGGCCUAGCUAAGAGGAAAUCCUACUGC